AUGCCAACAACACCAUCUCAGCAGUCUCCAUCCCAUCAGCGCUCUGUGAUUCGGGAUGGAUUGAAUCGAGAGAAUGAAGAGAACUCGGAAGAAGAAGAAAUUGAUGAAGAAUAUUCAGAAGAUGAAGAAGAAACGAGUAUUGAGGACAGCACCUUCAACGAAGAUAACGACACAUCAGCCGAAAUGGUGUUGAGGAAAAAGUUUUGGGCAAACUUUGAAAGAAAAAAAGGAACCCCUGUGAACUCCGAUAUUUAUUUAGUCAUUGACGAAGUAAAUGACAAGAGAGUAGAUCUCGACCAAUAUAUUCAACAGCUAGACAAAAUCAAAUGUAUCAAAAGGUACACUCCAUACACAGUGGUGAUACACCAAGCAACAAAUAUUAAUGUACCACAUGAGGAACUAAAAAAAUUCGGCGAGCAUUCUAUUACGGUUGACUAUAGAUUAUCAGGAACCUUAUUUCAUACUCAUACCAAAACGUGGCUCAGCAGAACAUUUUAUGGACCAUAUGUCGGUAGAAAUUUCGUGAGGCAGGUCAAAAAGGACCACCAAAAAAUUCAAGAAAGCGUUGAAUUUGAAAUGCCUCUAUUUUUCUCUAGCAAUAUUGUGGAUGAAUCGGUCGUACUAGUCUUAGAAGUCAUUACAGCAUUUAGACAAAAAUCAACAAUUGUCCAUGAAUUUUCGUCCGCCUGGACAAUAUUAAGGAUUUUUAAAGAAACAAAAUAUGGCAAGUCUGUUGACACCAUUCCUCACCUAAUGUCAUAUGUUAAUGACGAAAAUUUUAAUGUUUCUAGAGAAUGCUUUACAUUCGAAGGAUCACCUAGGGUUUUAAGCUUUGUUGCAGAGCCUCUCGAGGAUCAACUGACAAAGAAAACAUACACAAAAAUAAGUUACUCCUUUUUCACUCACCCUGAGUUGAAAACAAGUGGAGCUGUAAAUUACUUUAGGCCUAACGAUAUUGUGUGCCAAAAAGAUUUUAUUCCUGGAAUCAGAUAUAAUUCAUCAAAGUGUAUUACAGAUUUGGUAAAUCCAAGUCUGUCCGAUGCUUUUCAGGCCAACAUUGUAGAUAUCCAAUUUACUUUACCAAUUCAGUUUGAACAAAAAAUUCUAAGUUAUAUGAAAGAUCAACGACGAAAGGAACACGGAGAAUUUGUCAACAAUGAAAAGGAAGUUUCCUUGGUGAAAAGAGUACUGAGUAUUGGUUCUCAUAAUACCUUUACGUACAUCCAAGGACCAUCAGAGUCGACCUUAGUUCCUGUUAAGAAUGACAUGUCGGGAGAGGUUGCAAGCUUGAGGCUCGACAAUAAUUUUUCCUUAAAGGUUGUGAAGCAGGAAUUGUGUGCUAUCAUUUUUGAAGUUCACUAUAUUUUUGAGGUACCAUUACCUCUAGGUGAAUUCAAGAGAUCAUUCAUGGAUAAACUAACAGGAAGCAACAAAAACAAAAAGACUGUUCCAGAAAUUGACUUUACAACUUAUAGUGUUUCAGUGGGGUAUUGCUUAUUUUUCCCUAACCUCAAGAAGUUUGGCAAAAUCGAGCAGGAAGUCAUAUGUUCACCCGGACUUAGUUUUUUGGGAAAACCUGUGUUCAAAGCAUCAAAUUUGGUGACAGAGCAGCAGGAUCAAAAGUUCACACUUCAAUUUAAUUACUUUAGCGUUUCGAACGGAGAUGUAGAGGAAAAAAUUGUGAAGGAAGAAAAAAAGAAACUGGUGAAGCAACAAUCCCUAAAGGAUGAAAUUCAAAACACUUCUCCACCUCCAAAAGUCGGAGCUGCUUCCCAUCCAAUUGAGGAAGAUGUCGCAGUAAUUCCGACAGAACCUCAACAAAUUGAAGACCCCGCUGUACUUCCACCAGAAAUUGCAGACGAAAGUCUCAAUGAACAAUUGCCGUCAACUCCUAAAAAUAACAAAGAGCAAUCAGAUUAUAUACUAGAACAGUUAAGCUCUCCAGGGUCUGACCUUGAUGCUCUUUCUGUUCCUGCUAUUAACCACUACCAUGAGGAGAAAGUUGAACUCGGUAGAUCUAGAAAUCUUACUAAAGAAAUUAAACAACUCAUGAACAGCCUGAAAUUCAAUGUUGUGGAAGAUAUGAACGGAAGAAGGCUAAUAGGCGACGGGAAAGAGUCAAGCAUUGACAAUCAUAUGGAGCUACAGUCUCAUAACAUGUAUUUCAACUUUCUUUCAUUUAUGCCAAAAAAGAGCCAAAACAUACCAAAAUCUAUUUACUUCAAGUUUCAAUUCUUCACAUUUUCACAAACCGAUACGAGCAAAACGCCUCUGUAUCUAGUGGAGCCUACCUCAUUUGAAGAGAACGAUGUUUAUGUGCUAUCUUUAAAGAAUCAAAAUGAUUACAAUGGAAACUAUGGAUUACAGCUUAAAUUUACACUGGAUGCAAGUACUGUAACAGAAGAAGAAUAUUCCAAGUUUUUGGCGUACCUUCGUAACGAUAGCUUGUUUGUCAAUACUUUUGACAAUGAAUCUAGAUUUUGUUAUGGGGUAUUCAGAAUUCCAUUAGCACUGUUCAUGCGAGAUCCAUCUGAAACAAGUGUACAACAAACACGAGAAUAUGACGUUAUUGAAAGUUUAGAAAGUAUAAUAACAGACGAAGGUUUUGCUGAAGAGCUGAAAGGCACACAUUUGGGAAAGAUUGUAGUCACUGUCAGUAACGUGGGCAAGCCUGCCGAAUCGCAGAUCAACAAAUUCGUAAAAGCUAAACAAAAAUAUGAAGCUACUUCUCGGAAGAAAAAACCAGAUGGGCCAACUCUAAGUCUGUAUGACCAGUAUAACUUCUUGACAAGCCUUAAAGAACCAUCAUUCAAAGAGAUUGAACAAAUGAACAACAAACAGCUGAUAGAAUAUUGCUCUUCAAAAUUACAGAAGGUUAUGGAAUACCGCAAUAAGGAAAAAACAAAUGUAAUUCUACACAAUAUUGAAGAGAUGCUCACCUCACACAAAGUUAUCUAUGCCUCUUUUGGAGAGCUUGAGUAUUUUGAAAUUCCAUUCAAAAAUAUGUAUACUAAGGAUCAUGCUUUUACUGUAGAGAUUGAGCAAAAAGAAUUGAGUCUGUCAAUGAUUGUGGACGAAGAAGAACGACUGAUGUUGAGCGACUUUCAACAAAACUGGAAAUGCAUUCAAUUACAGUCGCAGGGAAGUUAUGCCUAUAGAUUUUCGCUACAAAGCAAUGUACAAUGUCAAAUUCCUUUCAAAUUCCAAUGUUUCUCAGAUAUGGGAGAAAAUAGUAAUGUUGAAGAAAUUAGAGUUCUGGUUAAAAACAGUUCUGGGUCUAUCUUGAAGAUUAUCAAAAUCAGAGUUGUGCCUAGAAGUUUUGUUAUUCAUCAGAAUUUUGAAUUUUUCCAUCCUGUGGUUGAAACUGUUGGGCGAGUCACUUACAAAAAGAAAGUCAAGUACUCCCUUGCCGAAUUUGGGCAUGAACAUUUGCAUGCGGCUAACAUUUUUGUGAAAACCAAUGGUAAUAUUUAUGCAAGCACAAGCUCCUAUGCAAAUAGCUCAUCAUUCAUUAGCAUCGAUUUAAAAUCAACCCUUGUCAAUAACACCAAAUCUUCUGGCUAUGUAUUGAUAUUUGGAGACCAGUAUUUCCAUAGAUUAAUAGAAAUAUGGAAAGUGGUUAUCAUUCCAGUACAAACAUUCACAUUUGACGCAUUAAUAGGACAAACAAAUUAUUCAGAAUUCCAUAUUCCAAAACUUUCCGUGUCGAGUGACGCUUAUGUUCGAUGUGAGAAAAUAGAUACUGAUCAUAUCGAUUGCUCCUUCGAAGAAGAAACAUUGCAAGUCAAAUUUACGCCAGAUUUAAAUGCUGAAAGAGGAACCAUCAACUCAAUGUUUCAUAUUCUGGAAACUAGUCAUUCAGGAACGAAACUGCUGGCGAGAUAUUUCUUUAAAAUUAAUUUGCAACAGCAAACACCCUCAAAAACCUACAAUCAUGUCAUUCCUAUCAACUCUACUGAAAAACUUAAACUGUCAUUUGUCAAUGCAGAACCAAGAACCAUCGAUUAUACAAUUUCCUCCAAUCAUCCUGAGUUGUUAAGAUUUAAGGUUGAACAAGUGACCCUCGCUCCUGGGCAAAGGCAUGUGAUCUACAUGAAAUUCUUCCCUUGCUUCACAAUAGGUUCUCAAGAGAUAUUAUUAUACAUCAACAGAAAGGAGGACAAUCAAACAGUUAAAUGUCUAGGUAUCAACGUUAAGUAUCAAUAA